AAAAGAUAAAAACGCAAGCGCUACAUAGAUUCAGAUUAUCAAAACAGCAAUGGCGUUAACAAGAAAGGGAAACGUGAGGCUUCCUCCAGAAGUCAAUCGUAUUCUGUAUGUCAGAAAUCUACCAUACAAAAUAACAGCUGAGGAAAUGUAUGAUAUUUUUGGAAAAUAUGGAGCCAUAAGGCAAAUACGAGACUCCAGGGACAUGGCCGUGAUGGUGUUUUCUGGCAGCUGGUUCCAUAUCCUGAUGCCAGUCUGUUUCCCAAUCUUGGAGGUUGUCAAGGUCCGUCUGGAGUUGUCUGGCAUCCGCAUCUGUAGUGAUGGUCCUAUACAGAAGGCAGUCGUCCGGAAUAACCUGGCCUUGGACCUCACUCUGGAGGGUAAAUCAUAUGAUGCAUUCAAGAAAACAGAUGAUACUAAAAAGAAAGAAGACAUCGAAAAAAUGAAACAGAAAUAUGGACUUUCGACACCAGAAAAGAAGUGAAUGUGAUAUGUGCAAUUGUAGUGGAUAUUAUUGUGACAUUCUUUUUAUACGUUGUCAUCCUCACUAAACUUGAAUAUCGCAGAUCACACAGAUAGAUAAACUCACAUCUAAAUGAGUACUUGUUAAGGCAUUCUUUAUCGAGACAACUGUGCAAAUUUCUCAUACUAUCCUUGUAUUUUUGUCAAUCAAAUCUCCAUUGUAGGUGUUUUAAAAUAUUUGUUAGUGCUCACAGUUGUUUAUAGAAAUACAUGCCAUUGGAUAGUUAAAGUAAAUAUGGCACAGUUAUUAACAUUUUAAUGUAAGUAGCUGUGGUCAAAAUGUUCUGAAAUGGUUGAAAAUGUAAACUCAUCAUGGUCAAGAAAAUUCAUUUCAUAUUGUCAAGAAAAUUCAUUUCAUAUUUUACAUUAAACAAAAAUUAGUUAUUAUAUGUACAUGUACUGUGAAUUCACAGUACAUUUUUUCACUGAAAUUUAAUAAAAAUAAAUUUUCCACAU